AUGGCCCUCGCCACCGCUGCCGUCUCCCUCCACCCUUUCCUCUCCCGGCCCGCCUCCGUGCUCCGCGUAGGGCUCCGCCUCCCACCCCUCCUCCUCCGCGCCACCUCGUCCACCUCCGCCUCCGCCUCCCCGGACUUCAACAUCACCUUCGCGGAGCCCGCGCCGUCCAAAAAGGCCCCGUCCGCGCAGCCGCUGGUCCCGUGGAUCGUCCGCGGAGAGGACGGCAAGCCACGCCUCAGCACCUCCCCGCCGCCGGACGUGCUCCAGGCCAUCGCGCUCGCGGAGGCGGAAGCUAAGAAGGCCGCCAAAAAGGAAACCCUCAAGGGCCCAAAAGGCGCGGUUGCCGCCGCCGCCGCCGCGGCUGCUUCCAAUGCCAGCGUCAAGGCACGGAAGAACGCCCCGACCGCGCCGCCCAAGUUCUCCAAGGCGGCCAGGAGGUUUUACAAUGAGAAUAUCAAGGAGCGGGAGCCGCAGCGGCUCGCCAAGGUCCUUGCCGCCGCAGGAGUGGCAUCAAGAAGGACCAGUGAGGAGCUCAUCUUCGAAGGGAAGGUGACUGUCAAUGGUUCAGUCUGUACUUCUCCUCAGACCAAAGUUGACAUCUCAAAGGAUUCUAUCUACGUUAAUGGGAAUCGCAUUUCCAAGAAGCUGCCUCCAAAGCUGUAUUUUGCUGUUAACAAGCCAAAGGGGUACAUUUGCUCAUGUGGCGAAGACUCAAAGUCUGUUGUCUCCUUAUUUAAUGAUUAUUUGAAGGGCUGGAACAAGAUUCAACCAGGGCUGCCAAAACCACGCUUGUUUACUGUGGGUCGUCUUGAUGUUGCCACGUCUGGUUUGAUAAUAGUCACAAAUGAUGGUGAGUUUGCUCAAAAACUUGCACAUCCUUCUUCAAAUGUAACAAAAGAAUAUGUGGUGACUAUUGAUGGUGCCGUGCACAAAAAACACCUCAUAGCUAUCAGUGAAGGCACAAAAAUUGAUGGGGUCAUGUGCAUUCCUGAUUUAGUAGAACCAUUGGAUGCCCAAUCAGAUACAAGAAAGACCCGCCUGAAGAUAGUGGUUCAUGAAGGACGAAAUCAUGAAGUCCGUGAACUUGUACAGAAUGCAGGGCUACAGGUUUAUGCAUUGAAACGUGUUCGGAUAGGCAGGUUCAGGCUUCCGGCAGAUCUGGGAAUUGGGAAGUUUGUUGAGCUCAAACAGGCUGACAUCAAGGCACUGGAAGGCAACAAGUAG